AUGGAUUCUAGGAGGCGAAAAAAAGCAUCAACGCAACGCAAGUUGCAACAACUUCGAUCGGUCACAAAUUCUAGUGCUGUUAACAAAGCCUCAAUUAUCGUGGAUGCCACAAGAUACAUAGAGGAGCUGAAGCAAAAAGUGGAUGGAUUGAACUCUGAGCUUGGACCCGCUGAAUCAUCAAUCUCCCAAGACGACCUACCCAUGGUCACCGUAGAAACCCUAGAAAGGGGUUUCCUCAUUAAUGUGUUUUCAGAAAGAAACUGCCCCGGCAUGCUUGUGGCAAUACUCGACGCCUUCGAAGAACUGGGACUUGAUGUACUUGAUGCUAGGGUUUCUUGUGAAGACACUUUCCAGCUUGAAGCUGUUGGAGGAGAAAGUCAAGAGAAUGAAAGCAUUGAUGCACAAGUGGUGAAACAAGCAGUGAUGCAAGCAAUCCAAAACAUGGAUUAA